UGAUACACUCCACCAUCUUGAUUCUCCGAGUUUUCGUUCCUCCCACCGUUAAGAUUUUUCUGCGAUUUCAUGUUUUAUCAAGUCGACUUCGAGCAAAUUUUAUAGAUUUUAAGAUGGCUAGCCUUCAGAAUCUUCAGCUGGUUCGAUCCUUCUUCACAAGAGCUGGAGGAUUAUCCUUUAGGGCAACUCAAGUUCUCAGAGCCGAGCCCCCAAAGAAGAAGAAAAGAGCGGAUCCCAAACAGGAGCAGAUGAGGCAACAGAGAUUGCUGAAGAAACUCAAGAAAAUACAAUUCAAGAUGGGUGACCCUGAACUCAAACCUAUCGUAGAUUUUAAUGUGGACAGAAAAUUAAUGGAAGAUGAGAGAAAGAGAGAAGAACUUGAUAUAGAUCACGAGACGUCAGAAGAAAGAGCCAGGUUACAGAAAGAAUGGUCACGUUAUAAAUUUCAGCAACAUGUGAGAGAAACUAACAUCCUUAAGGAAGCAAUCAGAUCACAGACAAAGGCCCUAGAGGAGCUGAGGUUAGAGUCUGAAGAGCUGUACCAAGCUGCAAUCCAAAGAGAUCCAAACCUGUUCCCCGUACUCAUCACUGGUCCAACUUACACACCACCAAUCAAUGACUACUCAGCGGUCAGUCCUGAUGGAGAUUAUAUUGAUGUCACAAAGCAAUAUAAAUGAGUGAAUGAAUUUAUUAAUGGAACUGAGGACUUUGCAACCGAUGGAAUUUGUCACAUCAUUUGAUUAGGUCAAUGCCUUUGGACAUUGGAGAUAUUAAUAGUACCGGUAUACAUUAUAUAGUUGCAAGAUGAAAGUGAAUGACCGAUAGAUGACUGCUCAGUGGUCAGUCCUGAUGGAGACUUUAUAGAUGUCACAAAGCAAUAUAAAUGAGUGAAUGAACUAUAGGAACUGAGGACUUUCCAACUGAUGAAAUUCGUCACAUUAUCUGAUUGGUCUAGUGCCUUAGGGUAUAAAAACAUUUGGAGAUAUUAAAUGUGUACAUAAAUAUAUAGCAAGAUGAAACUGAAUUACCUCUUGACAAUGUCAUCAAAUUUAGCAGAUAAAUGUUAUGAAUUAUGAUACAUCUCUAAUCACCGCCAGCCUUGGCACUUCAUUCAAACUGCAAGUAAAUGUUUUUUUAUUAUUAUAGAUAUGGGGCCCAUAACACAAAGCUAAGCAAUGAUCGUAGAACAUUUUUCUACAACUGAUUCCAUUGACUACAAUGUACAAUCAAUUGUAAAAAUCAAGCGUACGAUUAAUCGCUAACCUUUGUGUUACGGGACCCCAGUCCAUCUUACAUGUACACACCUCCAAUAGACAUACGUAUUGAGCAGUUCAUAACAAUAUAAUAAUAUUCUGCUUUUAUAAAGCGCUUAACAUCGGAACGAUGUCUCUAAGCUUGUUACGGUACUACAUCAGUCAUUGGAUACUGGCAUGCCUGCACACAAUGUAUGCACUUUCUCCACUCCCUGGGGAGCAUUCCAACAAGAGUUCCAUGACUCACCAGCUAGGCAUGCUACAUAGGCUUUCGCAUCCUACUGGGUACCCAUAUAACACCUGGUUGGAGAGUGGCAAAGUGUGGAUUGUCGAGAAUCAGAACCUCCACACGACAGCACUUCCACAUCUAGAUGCAUAAUGUAGCUGUCUUUUUCUCAAAAUAACUUCUCCUUGAAGAAGGCAAUUUGUAUUCAACCAUUAAAGGUCAAGUCCACCCCAGCAAAAUGUUGAUUUUAAUAAAUAGAGAAAAAUCAAACUAGCAUAACACUGACAAUUUCAUCAAAUUCGGAUAUAAAAUAAGAAAGUUACGGCAUUUUAGAGUUUCGCUUAUUUUUCACAAAACAGUGAUAUGCACAACUCAGUGACAUGCAAAUGAGUCAGUCGAUGAUGUCCAUCACUCACUAUUUCUUUUGUUUUUUAUUGUUUAAAUUAUACAAUAUUUCAUUUUUUACAGAUUUGACCAUAGGGACCAACUUGACUGAAUCAUAUAGUAUUAAACAAUGCUAAUUCCACAUGUUCAAAGAGGAAUUAAUCACUGUUUCACUUGACAAUGAGGAGAAAAUUAGAAUAUUUCAUAUAAUAAAAUACAAAAGAAAUAGUGAGUGGAUGAUGUCACCAGUCUCCUCAUUUGCAUACCAACCAGGAUGUGCAUAUAACUGUUUUGUGAAAUUAAGCGAAACUUUAAAAUGUCAUAACUUUCUUAUUUUACAUCUGAUUUUGAUGAAAUUUUCGGUGUUAUGCUUGUUGGAUUUUUCUCUUUUUAUUCAAAUUAAUUUUUUGUUGGGGUGGACUUGUCCUUUAAUAUACUUUAUUGCUUACAAUAAUUUUGUUGUUGUUGACAACUUUCAUGAUCUAUAUUAUCUCCAUCUAGAUUUGGACACGCAUUAUGUAGGAGUAUUUUGGUUAACACACAUUCAUCAUAUUGUUGAAAUACAAUGUUUGUAAAAAUAAUAAUUUUAGAUGUAGUUAAAGUGAUUGGUUAACAUUGGUUUGACUUUUUAAAAAUCUGAGCUAGAAGGUCACACUUGUCACCUGUGUCUGUGAUAUGUUACAAAAAUGAAGCCCAGAAAAAAAUGCGUUCGAAAAUAAUUAUUUAGUGCUUCAAAAAUUGAAAUAUAAAGUGACCGGAAACACCAUCUUAAUUUCAUCCCAUACACUUAUGUGUACUAUUUAGGCGUCUAUAAGACGCCUAUUUACAAAAUCGGGGUUUGCCUUGUAGUUGUAGCUUUUCAUUCUCAAUAACGGUUGUUUUCAGGGUUUAUUAGUUCUAAUACAUGCACUUGUACACAUGUUUCAUCUUGGUUUGAGAAUUUUUUAAAUCGGCAGCUCACAAAGUAAAACAAUCCUUUAAGUGUUUGGCUGACAUUUGUGAUGCUAUAUGCUCCACAAGGAUGACAAUUCUUCACAAUGGCUUUAUUGAUUGAUGUAAGUGAUCACAGUAGGGCAUGUAGCAUCAUGACAAUUUCAAUAAGAUUAGAGCCAAGACAUUUUCCAUUGCAUGAAAACACUGGUCUCACAGAUUUCAUGCAUUAUCAUAAUAUACAUGUAGCCCUUCUAUUGAGAAAGAGUCUGUUUUUUGUUCACCUUGCACUAAAUUCUAGCGGUUUGCUGAGGUUACUUCAUUAAUGAACCAACUUUUUAUGUAAAGUCAAUUAACAUAAAAACAGUGGGCUCGCUCAUUAGAUCCUUUCUAUCAAUGGUAUUAGUAAAAAUUUUGAGGGGGCAGCCAUGGCAAGUUGGGCAGAAUUUGUAAACAGUUGCUAGCAAGCAAACAGAGCAACUCGGUGGCAAGCUCCAACUGGUGUUUCAAUGGAGUACCGAAGUGUGAAGUCAGUUGCCAAGGUGUCAUGGCAGGUUGGUUCUAAACAGAGUCGCAGCUGACGGUCGUCUGCACACAUUUGUAUUUGCAAAUGACUUUGGUUUGUCUGAAAAAAUAGGUUGCAAGCGAUCAAAUUCCGAAAGCAGCCAUUUUCUCCUUUGAGAAACACACGCUUUCAUUCGGCGGGUUCAUUUGCCACCAUUACACCAUUGCAACAACGUCAUCGCUUCGGUACUCUAUAAAAUAUAUCAGCUGCAAAUUUCACAAGUGAUAGAUCAGUUUUAAUGAAAGCGAAUCAAUUUAUUUUUGUAGAUUCAAGAAGAAGACUAGUAAAUCGAUUGCAAAUCUGCAAUUAUUAAAAAAGAUAUGAUUGAUUUUAAGACCCAAAAUUGACUUGCAAUCAAUUGCUAGUUUUGUGCAACACCCCAUAAGGAGUAAAGUUUUCACACUUUUUCAUAUAAAAUUGACUUUUCAAUAUGAAUGAAGUAGAACUUGAUGCCUAUGGAAGAACUUGAUGCCUAUGUAAUGUGUAGAAUACCUUUUAUACAAUUAGUAUUAAAUCACCCUCCACAAACACAUAAAAGGAAAACAAUAAGAAAAAUGUGUUGAAUAUGGUUUAGAAGUUUAUUAUAAAUAAAGUGAAUUGUAUUCAAACAUUUUUAGACUAAUGUCUUUAACAAAUCUCCCAGCCGUUAUAACAGAAAUGGGAUGUGAUUAGAGUUACUGAAUUCAGAGGCGGAGGAACAUCAGGCAUGGACAAAGAAAGUGGAGGGGUACCUUUUGUCUGCCGAACAAUAGAUGCCCCUCCACUUUCAUUGUAUGAGCCUGACGUUCCGCCGCCUCUGACUGAAUUCCUGCAUGAGUUACAGUAUUAGACUGGUACAACACCUACAUGAUGUCCCUGGGCUCUUGAAAUCUUGUGUCUCAAAAUUAAAAAAUUUUGCAGACAGCUCGGAAAAAGCUCAAUUUUAGCGAUAUGGAUUUAUAAUAUACAUAGAAACUUUCUUUUGCUUUAAUAAAACAAGUUCUUUCCAGGUGUUAUGAGAGUGUUUCCGAUAAUAUGAGGUUGCAUCAAUCAGCAUAUAAAAGCUUUUUUAAGGAGCUGCCCUCAAAUUUUUAAAAUUUUGAGAUGCAAGUUUUCAAAACCCCAGUGACGAUGUUGUAUUUACGUUAUCAGUGCUGCAAAAUAUUUAAUUGGUAAACCAAUAAGUUAUUUAUUUUGCUUUUUUUUCUUCUUUGUUCACUGGGAAAGGGAAGGGUGUUUCUUUAAAGUUCAAUUUGAUGUUGUAAAUGAAAUUCUUUGCCACUGGGAUCUAUGACUAUGUUGCUGGUCAGAUAUGUCAUCACAGGUUCUCAUAACUACCACAAAAUCCAGGCAUGUAUUAAUGAGUUUAAAAAACACCAUAAACUUUGUUCUAAAGGGAGUCUGAGUGAGGGUGUGUUCUCUUAUUUUUGUUUAUUUGUCAAAAUCCUGCUAUCUGGUGAAUGCUUAUUUGCGAUUUUCGCAUUUAUACUUGGUGAAAUUCAAGACAACUAUAAAGUACAUGUUAUGUAUUACACACCUGAAUACAAAUAAAGACUGAUGUGGGUUGAAGAUUA